AACGAAGAGAAGAAGCUGUUUGUAUCGCGUAAACGUGAAGCUCUGAUAUCACUCAAUAAAAUGUUUAAAGCUCUUUUUAAAGCGUUUGAAGUGAGAUGGAAGUCCUACAGACACAGAUUUGUUCCCUGGAUAGCUUUAAACCUGCAGAAAAAUGAGAGAACUCUUCGUAAAGUGAAGGAUCGCUCCCAAGACAAAUUAAUUCUGGAUGAGGAAGUGUCCGCAUCCCUUAUAUGUUUAUUCUCUGAACUAUUGAAACAUGACCUGAAUAAUCAAAGUGAACUGCUUCGGCUGCUUCAUACAUCCUCACGGAAUAUGUACUGCAGUGCACAGAAUGAGAAGUUUUGUGAUCCCAGUGCGGUAAUGUUGAAGACUCUGGGCUUUAAUAUCAAGAGGAAGCUCAGCUCACUGCAGUCCGCGGGAACCGGUGUGUUUGUGACGCGAGGACGCGCACUGAAAGGAAACAUUGUAGCCAUGUAUCCAGGGACAAUCUAUCAAGCCGAUGAGCCCAUCUUUUUUCAGUCAAUCCGAAAUCCAUUUGUUUUUAGAUGUAUAGAUGGCAUUUUAAUUGAUGGAAAUGACAAAGCCAUCUCCAAGAUAGUGUACCGAUCGUGCAGUGGACGGGACAGGUUUGGUCCCUUCUGUCUCAGUGACUGUUCCUGGCUCACUCCUCAUCCUGUGAAUCCUCUCGCAGUGGGACAAUACGUCAACAACUGUUCCAAUGAAAUGGCUGCUAAUGUCUGCUAUCAAGAAUUUGAUAUACCGAAUGGAUUUCCUCUCGAGCUUCGUCAAUACCUGCCUAAUGUUAAUUACAGACCUGAUACACAAAGGCCUUUGCGCUGUGUCGUUCUUGUGUCACUGAGAGAUAUUAAUAUUGGUGAAGAAUUACUCUCCAACUACUAUACAAUUGUGCAUUAAAUUCAUUUUUAUAAAGAAAAAAAUAGUUGGUGUGUGUUACUUAUACACAUUGAGCCCUAAAAUAUUAGAGGUUUGUAUUAUAAAAAAAAAAACAUGGGUCUGAAAGUUGGUUUACAGUGCCUCAAGUUAAUGAAAUAUUAAAAUGGUUUUGUUGCUCUUAAAACAUUACAUUUAUAUUGAUUUCACCACAGGGGUCAAAGUGAUUUUAAAUGGUUUAAUGAUGGAAGUGUUAUACAUUAUAGCUUGUAUUUCAUGACGGGAUGUUCAGGUCAAAUUUCACUGCAAAAUAAAAUAUAUUGCAUAAAGAAAAUGAACCUAAUUUUUGGAUAAAUAAGAUUGAGAAAAAGAUCAUUGUAAGAUUAUUAAGAUUGAGAU